GAGGCAGCUUGGUCCAAAAGAAAAUGGGGUUUGGUGUAAAUCUGGGGGUGUAAUGUUAUCAUAUAUCACGCUACCUCGUAAAACCGACACCGAAGCCUACCGGACAACAAAUCACCGGUCAAAAUUAUGAGUUCUUCGUAUUAUGUGAACGCUCUUUUUAGCAAAUAUACGACGGGGGCUGCUUCUCUCUUCCAAAAUGCGGAGCCUACGUCUUGCUCCUUUGCUACCAACUCCCAGAGAAGCGGCUAUGGACCAGGCGCUAGCGCAUUCACCUCCUCCAUGCCUGCUUUGUACAAUGUGAACAGUGCCAUAUAUCAAACCCCGUUUUCUUCCGGAUACAGCCUGGGCUCUGAUACCUACAACCUGCAUUGUUCCUCUUUUGAUCAGAACAUUCCCGUCCUCUGCAAUGACUUAACCAAAUCCAGCUGUGAGAAAGCGGAGGAAAGCAACCUGCACAGCCAGGCUGAGAGUAAUUUCCGGAUAUACCCAUGGAUGAGGUCUUCAGGUCCAGAUCGAAAGAGAGGGCGUCAGACUUACACCCGUUACCAAACGCUGGAGCUGGAGAAAGAAUUCCACUUCAACCGCUACCUGACCCGCCGGCGGAGGAUAGAGAUCGCUCACGCCCUGUGCUUGACCGAGAGGCAGAUCAAAAUCUGGUUUCAGAACCGCCGCAUGAAAUGGAAGAAGGAGCAUAAAGAGGACGCCGUUGGAGGCGCGGCCGCUGCCAAUGAGGCGGCACCCGCCACUACCUCGGUGGAAAAGGUGGAGGAGGAAGAGGAGGAGGAGGAGGAAGACGCAGAAUAAAUGCCAGCGGGAGGAGGAGAAGUCUCGUUGGAGCUUCUUCUCAAAUGCUGUUUGCACGUGACAGCUGUAAACGCUCUCCUGAAGCUUUCUUUCUUUCUUUUUGUUAAAAACAAAAUAAACAUAAAACUACCCAUGUUUUUUUAAAUGGCCAUUUCCACUCUUAAGAGAAUCUGGGGAGAGGACAAGCAGGGUAGAUCUCUUCCAUUACCUCUAGACAUCCCCUGUCUUUAUCCUCUGUCCUAUGCAGGAUGUGGGCUAGAUUGGCUUUGAGCAUCCAAGCUGCUCACCAUUUAUCUUAACAAGUGAUAAAUAACAUAGUUAUUAUUUUUAUUGAUAUUUGUGAAAAGAAAAUGAACCCAACAAUUACCCGUUCUUUGCACACGAAAGGGGGGGAGAAAGAGAGAGCGAGAGAGCGAGAGAGAGAGCGCAAGAGCCCCAACUAAGUUAGCUUCCAAAUAAACUACCUGACUGCACAGAUCCCAAAAAUCUGAAAGGGAAAAGUGCACUAGGCUUAAUUUCAGACUACCUAAUUUUUC